CACUAUGGGAUUAUAUUAAUUUAGGUUUAUAUAAUUGUGCACCAUUUAUAUUAAUGAUUAUAUUCAACAGUGGUGUUAUCUAUCAUUUGAUUCAUCGUCGUCAGGCACGUGUAAUUCAAAAUUCAAAUAUUCAACAUCGAGCUAUAUCGAUUACUUUGGUUCUUACAACAUUUCUCUUUUUGAUUAUGACUAUACCAGCAACAAUUGUCGCUGCAUUUUUCUUCACAACACCAACUACUACUCUUAUGAAAAUAUUAGAUUCAGCUCUUUAUACAUAUCAUAUAACAUCAUUUCCACUUUAUUUUAUUACAUUUGGUGUAUUUCGACGAGAAUGUAUCAUGAUGAUUACUUGCAAAAAUAACACUCAAAGAAUUGCACCAACUCUUCCGACUAUUGCUCCGUCAAACAUACCAAAUUAG